AUGCCUUCAUUGGAUUCGUACGAUGGAACACAUGACCCAUUUGAUCAUAUUGCUACUUUCAAGACUACCAUGCACCUUCAAGGAGUCCCAGAUGAGAUUAUGUGUAGAGCCUUCCCUACCACUCUUAAAGGACCGGUACGAGUGUGGUUCAACAAAAUACCCCCGAAUACAGUGAGUUCUUUUGAAGAAUUGAGUAAGUUAUUUGUUAAUAAUUUCAUCGGAGGGCAAUGGCACAAACGUUCUUCGUCUAGCCUGUUAACCAUAGAACAAGGGGAGAAUGAAAGCCUGCUCUCCUUCAUCACUCGUUUCAACAGGGAAGCCCUAACCGUGGACGAAGUGGAUGACAAGCUACUCUUGGCGGCCUUCCAUAAUGGGGUUAAUUCUAAUUUAUUCAUCCACAAGCUUUAUGAGAAAGAGCCUCAAUCCAUGGCUAAACUCAUCCAUUCGGCUCAAAACUUUAUUAAUGCAGAGGACGCAAUCAUAGCUAAGAAGAGGAAGAGAGUUGAGAGAAUGGAAUCAAACUCCACGCACCAUUCCAAGCAAGGUCCCCGUCCAAAGAAGGGAUGA